GCCGCAGUUCUCUUCUGCAGUCUGAGCUGGGCGCGGCGUCACCAUGUCCCUGGCGGCCUCGGCGGGCAGGGGCCCGGGGACCCUGUGGUCCCCAACCCACGUGCAGGUGACGGUGUUGCAGGCGCGGGGUCUGCGGGCCAAGGGCCCCGGGGGUACGAGCGACGCGUACGCGGUGAUCCAGGUGGGCAAGGAGAAGUACGCCACGUCGGUGUCGGAGCGCAGCCUGGGCGCGCCGGUGUGGCGGGAGGAGGCCACCUUCGAGCUGCCGCCGCUGCUGGCGUCCGGGGCCGCGCCCGCGGCCGCCGCCACCCUGCAGCUCACCGUGCUGCACCGUGCGCUGCUCGGCCUCGACAAGUUCCUGGGCCGCGCCGAGGUGGAUCUGCGCGAGCUGCACCGGGACCAGGGCCGCCGGCGGAAGCAGUGGUAUACCUUAAGAUCCAAGCCAGGAAAGAAGGAGAAAGAGCGAGGAGAAAUUGAGGUGGACAUCCAGUUCAUGAGAAACAACAUGACUGCCAGCAUGUUUGACCUCUCCAUGAAAGACAAACCUCGGAACCCGUUUGGAAAACUGAAAGACAAGAUCAAAGGGAAGAAUAAGGAUAGUCUAUCAGAUACGGCCUCUGCCAUUGUCCCCAGUGUGACACCCUCUGUAGACAGUGAUGAUGAGUCUUUGUCAAAAGACAAGAAAAAGAAAUCAAAGAUCAAGACUUUGUUUUCUAAGUCGAAUUUGCAGAAAACAGCACUUUCUCAGUCUAUGUCUGUCCUGCCUACUUCAAAGCCAGACAAAGUGCUCCUUCGGCCUGGAGACUUCCAGUCUCAGUGGGAGGAUGACGACCCUGAGGAUGAGUCCUCCUCUGCCUCAGACAUCAUAUCCCACAAGGGAGCAGGGAGUGCAGACCCGAAACAACUGAGCCAGAUCAACUUCAGCCUUCCCAAGAAGGAGGGGUUGUCCUUUCUUGGGGGCCUUCGGUCCAAGAACGACUUCCUCUCCCGCUCUAAUGUCUGUAUCAAUGGGAACCAUGUUUACAUGGAGCAGCCAGAGGCCAGGAGCGAGACGAAGGACAGCAGUCCAUCCAAUUCCCCAUCGCCCCAGGGCUUCCGGAAGAAGCAUUUGUUCUCCUCCACGGAAAACCUGGCCAUUCGGUCCUGGAAGGAGGCUGGGGAAGGUACCAGCACGUCUCAGGACAGGCGGCUGUCUGAGACCUCCACCAAGGGCUCUCCGAAGGCCACGGACGCCCUGAAGUCCAUGUCUCUGCCCUCCUACCGUCCCCCGGCCAGUGGGGACAUCCGGGAAAACAUGGUUCCAGUGAACUUGGAGGUUGCGAGAGAAACCAAAGAGAGCAAGAAGCCAGAGAGCAAGAAGUCCUCUUUGCUUUCUCUGGUGACAGGAAAGAAGGAUGCGGUGAAGGGCAGUGAAGGAGAAAGCCCCCACGCUGUCCCCUUCAAAGAGAAGGAAGGUGUGCUUGCAGAAGCCCAGCCCAGGGAGGAAGACCUGGUGAGACGGCUGGAGAAAGAUGCCGCAGCUGUUGCCUCCAGACGGGGCAAUUCCCUGAACCCCUUUGAAGACGUGCAUAUCUCAGAGCCGGAAGCAGGACAGGAGUCCACGUGUGAACCAAAGCCACCGGUUCCUUCUGCCAGGGCCCCACAGACCAAAGCGGUGAAGCCUCGACUGGAAGUGUCUCCAGAGGCUCAACCCAAAGCCAGGUUUCCUUCUUCCCCCAGCUCUCCUCUUCCUUUCUCCGCUCUUCUUCCCAGCUCUGGUCAGGCACUCGGCCUUUCUGAAUUAGGGCAUGGUUCAGAGACAGAGUCCUCUGAAAGUCCCUCUGUCUUCUCCUCUUUCUCAUCCCCCAUCGCAGCUCCCAUUUCCACAUCCACUCCAAUUGAACACUGGGCCCCCACAGGCCAGGGUCGGGUCAGUUCUGAAGAACCGCCUUUGCUCCGUAAAGCAGACAUGCAAAAGGAGAGGUCAGCACCAGUUCCAAACACUGGCUCCUCCGCGUUGGGAUCCCUUUGCAAACAGACACCCACUGCAGUAUGGGAAAAGACAGAAGAUUCUCCAAGGAGCCAGAGCAGUGAGGCUGACCCGGUAAGGGAAGCCAUCAAUGAGGAAUCAGGAAAGCAAGAGCUUCAGGGGGCUCCCCAUCCAGAGCAGGACUGUGUCCUCUGCCCCGAAGAGGCCCACACAGCCCCCUUUGCGCUUUCCCUCAGCAGUGCCACAAUCACAGGCCCUUCCCUGAAGCCUCUAGCCAGGCGAGAUACAGACACGGAAGAUCACUCUAGAUCUUUGAGGGAGAACAGAGUUAGUGGCGGAAUGACUCCCCCAGCCAAAGACUUGGCAUCUCCGCUUCAGGUGGAAGUGAUAGCCCUCCCAAAGGACACCACGACUCAGAAACACGAAGAGAUGGAGCGGAAUGCUAGUGAGGCCCCAAAGAAAGUCAAAAAGCGUGUGUCCUUUUCUGAGCAGCUCUUUACACAAGAGGAAGUGGAGAAACCCACAGGAUUCGUGGCAGAAGAGAGAAGGCAUCCCCAGAAGCUGGCCUGUGAGGAGGCUGUUCCUGGAGCCACAUCCGGCCUUCCUCACCCAGGUGACGUGGAGAAGGAGCCUGCGGACACAGAAGAUCAGCUCCGGCUCCCCUCUCAGGGGGAGAGUUCCUCCCAAGGCUCCAUGAGUGAAGCAAGCUCAGCAGAAGGCAGCCUACUUUUCCAGACAGAAGGGGGUGACCCCCUCCCAGCUCAGUAUCAGAGCAAAGCCAGCGAUCAUGAAGGCCUAUUGUCUGAUCCCCUGAGUGGUCUUCCAUCCGCCUCAGAUGUGAAGCCUCCCCUUAUGGCUGAUCUGAACGUGUCCCUCCCUUCCAUUCCUGAAGUAGCCUCAGAUGACGAAAGAGUCGAUGAGGUUGAAGGUAUCCGGAAGCCCGCAAAGCCAGCGGUGCCGGAAGUAGUAGGAGCUUCCUCCUUGGGUGUGUCCUCUCCCAGUCCCGAGGAUGGUGGGGUGCUCAGGUCCUCUUUCACGGAGAGUCUGCUUGACCCAAGGCCACAAGCCUCCAAAGCAGCUUCUGUAGAGCAGACGGCAGCGCUGGGAACUCAUAAACCACAUUUUGACAAGGGCUCGAUCGUGGAUGAGCAGUUGCCAGGCCCUGAUGCUGGUGAAGAAACAAAGGGCAAGGAAAGUGCUGGCCCGUCCCCGGACUCUCCUGUGCCCAGCCCCUCCCUCUCUGAGCCCUUUCCUGCUGCACAUUCUUUCCCCCGCCCUCCACAUUCCCACACUGACCACACCAGUCCAGCAGAGUCUCACAAACAAGCCACAGCAGAGGGCUCCGCUGCUAAGGUUGACAAUUUUGGCAAGAGGAAGCCGCUUCUUCAGGCGUGGGUCUCGCCCUCAGAGACACAUCCAGUCUCAGCUCAGCCGAGCACGGGAACGGGGGCAGCCAAGCACAGACUCCAGCCUGUGAAGCCAAUGAAUACAGCAGCCAUCAAGAUCACAAACUCCAAUUUGGGAACUGCCACAAUCGUCAGUGAGAACCUCAUCAAUGAAGCCAUGAUGAAGAAAUACAACCCAUCAGACCCUGCCUUUGCCUAUGCGCAGCUGACUCACGAUGAGCUGAUUCAGCUGGUCCUCAAACAGAAGGAAACAAUAAGUAAGAAGGAGUUCCAGGUCCGAGAGCUGGAAGACUACAUUGACAAUCUGCUAGUUCGGGUUAUGGAAGAAACUCCCAACAUCCUCCGUGUUCCAGCUCAGGUCGGCAAAAAAGCAGGAAAAAUGUGAAUGACCAGAAUCAAACACCGAGCUGCUUCUGUGAGCCUGUUUCCACCGGCUCCACCGGCUCUUGACACCAGGCCUUGGGCUGCCUGCAAACCAGCCACCAGACAGCCUUCCCGCCACCAUCUCCCUUGCAUCUUAUCUAGAAAGAGUUCUACCAGCUGGAGUCAGGUUAAUUAUUACAACAAAUCUCUUACUGUACAUUCCCAGAGUUUUCGUUUUAAAUGCCACUGUGCCUUUAACUGGGUUGGAAAUAUUUUAUGCCCACUAGAGAGAUGAUCAAUAAUAAACACUGAUCCUGAGUCAGAGACUCAGACAGGACCAGAGGUGCUGAUACGAUUUCAACACUGACGUACUUAGCUUCCGUCAUGAAAACUUCCAAAUACUCAUCCUCUAGCCAUUAAAAUGUAGGACGAAAUGAGAAAGGGCCACUGCAUUUGGUGCUGUGUUAUGCCUACUUUCUUGUUCUUUGAGCAGCUUAGGUGUAUGACUUUUCAGCUGUAGAUUUAAAAUUUUAAUACCAAAUAAAUUGACUAAGCUUC